CCACCGUGCGCGCCGCCCGCGACCCCGCAGCCCGCGCUCCCCGCGCCAUGGACCCGGCGCUGGCCGCUGAGAUGGGCGAGGCUGUGGCGCGGACGAUGCUCCAGUACCGGCGAGACGCGUCGGGGUGGGAGACGUGCCGGGAAGGCAGCGGAGUUUCAGUCUCCUGGAGGCCGUCUGCGGAGUUUCCAGGGAACCUGUACCGAGGAGAAGGCGUUGUGUGGGGGACCCCGGAGGAGGUGUGGGACUGUGUGAAGCCAGCUGCUGGGGGCCUGCGAGAGAAGUGGGAUGAGAAUGUGACCAGUUUUGAAAUUAUCCAGAGCAUCACUGAUACGCUGUUUGUGAGCAGGACCUGCACCCCCUCGGCCGCCAUGAAGCUCAUUUCCCCCAGAGACUUCGUGGACCUGGUGCUGGUCAGGAAGUACGAGGACGGGACCAUCAGCUCCAACGCCACCCACGUGGAGCAUCCGUCAUGGCCCCCGAAGCCAGGCUUUGUGAGAGGAUUUAACCAUCCCUGCGGCUGCUUCUGUGAGCCUCUGCCAGGGGAGCCCAGCAAGACCAAGCUGAUCACGUUCUUCCAGACCGACCUCAGCGGCUUCCUCCCGCGGAACGUGGUGGACUCCUUCUUCCCCCGCAGCAUGGCCGGGUUCUACGCCAACCUGCAGAAGAUGGUGAAGACCUUCCACCACUGACGCCGUCACUUGUGUCACUUGUUGGCCCAGAACUCCCGUGAGUCACUGAGGAGCUCCUACUGCCGGGACACCAGAGCGCCGGGCACACCCGAAACCCGCUGGGGGCGGCGAUUCUCUGGGAACGGCAGCCAGAGGCAGCUGCCCACCCUCUGCCUCCGUCCCCACCAGGGCUGGCGUGGCCCCGGCCGCCGGACUGCAAGUCGCCCGAGUACCGCGUGACGCCAGAGCCUCCCGGUGCCAGCCACUCUCAGAGACACGUGUCCCUGUCCGCCACAGAGAACCGUUACCAGCACUGAAAACCAGUCCUCGAUGUCUUUUCAGCACCUAGAGCCCCCUCAGACCCAGGCCCCAGACCCCUAAAUUUAUUUUUCUGAUAUAGACCCCCCGUAUGUCUUUAGCAUUGCACACGAUUUUUCCUCUUAGAAAGAUGUCAACUUGGGAAGUGAUGGUUUAAAAAUGGGAUAGGCAUUAAGGAAAAAUAAUUUUAAUAUUCCUUUUGUGUA